AACGGGAAGAAAGAAGACUCCACUUUCGUUGAAGACGAGAACUCUUGUUUUUCGAAGUCAGUUCAAGCACCGGUUCGUAAAUUGAGUCGCUCUUUAUAAUCGCUAGACUCUGAGAAAGGACAGGCUUUCAUUUUGAAUUAGCGUGACGUGAGUGACGUCACUAACUAGGGAACCUGAGCUCAAAUCGUCUAAAGAGUGAAUCUUAAAGGCAAAUAUGGCGGACUCCUCAGCACAGGCAACUUCUGUGGCGCGGUUUCUUGCCAUUGCACACAUUUUUCUGGGCUUUGUUCUCGUCUGUUUUGGUAUCGCAGAUUAUGUUACUCGGGACUUUUUCACAGGCCACAUAUGUUUUGGAAUUUGGACCGGUUUAUGGAUGGGUAUCACAGGAAUUUUGGGUGUUGCUGGUACUUGCAAGGAGCAAACUAACUCCCGAGAUAUAUUUGCCAGUGUCUUCAUGGGCUUCUCCAUCACCUCAGCUGUGUUUGGUGGACUGAUCAUUACUGUCUACAGCAUUGCAAUUGACUCACAUUCUUACAAAGAUUAUCACGACUCCUACUAUUUGGUCGAUGAAGCCGAACUGAACCAUUCGAUAGAAGAGGCGAAAUAUUCAAUCACUGGCAUCAUUCUGUUCAUUGGGAUUUUAGAGUUUCUGUUGGGAAUCUGGGCAGCUAUCUGUUGUUGCGUCAUGAAGGUGUGUGCGUGUUGCAACAUUCACGCGCAGUCUCAACAGAUGUAUGGACAAAUAAUGCAACCAACCAUGACUUAUGGGUCUGGUGGUCCUGUGGCAGUUCCAAUGCAAAACCCUGUUGGUCUAGGUGCAGUGCAAACUGAAUCACAGAUUCCACAGGAAGGCCAGCCUCAAAUGAUCAUGAUGCCUGUAUCUGGACCCAUGGGAGGUCAACCACAGGUGAUGCAGGUCCUUGCAUCUGGAACCAUGCCUACAGCUCAAGUGUCUCAAGGUUUUGAGAUGGCCGAAUCCACUGGACAUGGAAAGUACAUGACUCUAAACAACGACCAGGUGUGAGAUGUGUUACAAGUUUGGUUGAGAUCAUCGACAAGGAUAUUGGAAGUGUAAUGAAUAUUCAAAGAGGACCCUGGUUGCAUAGUUGCCUUCGUUUUGAUUUAAAGUAGUAACAGUUCUGUUUUGUUUCCUUGUCGAAUUUAUGCCCCUAUUUUCUAGAUACUUUUGUUCAAAGUUUGAAUUACUUACGUAGCUAGCAUUCCUAGUAAACCAGCUUACAAUUGUACGCGUAUAUUAUACCUUUAUAUUGGUACGCUCGUUAUUGAGAGAAUUGGAGUUAGAAGAUCGACGGAGUUAGAUCACAGUUUUUUCUUUUUUAAAUUUAAGAUUUUUCAGGUUAUGUAAAAGUUACAGUUUCUUUAACCUUAAAGACAGGAUCAGACGGAAGAUCCAGCUAAUCGUAUUUAGUUUCGUUUUCCUUUCGACUUCGCUUCUUUAGCCUUAAAACAUUUUUUUUUCAUCUUGCACAUUGCAAUUUCCCCUUUUUAGUUUUAUUAUAUUAGUUUAAUAUGUGUAUGAUAUUCAGACGAUAGCAUUAAACUUUGUUGGAUCAACUUGUGUCUCUUCGAUUCCUUCACUGUGGUUGGCUCUCGAUCAACUCCAGUGCACAACAGCCCGUGUCCACUGCAUUGGGUACGCCACAGGAAGAUAGCAAAAAAUAUUCCUUCAACAUAUCUUUUUAUCUUGUUAAUACUAUAUAUAUGUAUGCGUGUGCAUGUAUAUAUGUAUAUUUGAUUGUUCCGUUUACAGUGAUCGAUACGUAGA